AGCCGUAUUGGUUCCAGAGGACACGCCCCACCUCUUUGCCACCCUUCUCUCCCUUGCUCUCUUUCCACCCUCCCCCCCCCGCUUCCGCGCGCGUUGCCGAGAGGUUAUGGUCUCUGAUGAGUCUGUUGUAUGCGCGUCGCAGGCCACGCAGGCUUUGGCUAUUUCCAUUUUCUUGUACGAGGGCUUCGCGUACAACGUGGUGUUCCUGAUGAGAAUACUGCCAGCCCUGGGCAAGCAGGCCUGCACGGUGGCCUUCGCCGUCGUCUUCAACGCGUUCUGGGGCCUCGCGCUGUGGGCGUACUUCGCCGCGCACGCUGCCGACCCGGGCACGCUGCCCGAGCGGUGGAGGGAGUUCGUGAAUGAGGUCGGCGACGCGCUGCCCAUUGCGCCCUCCCGCCCGGAGUGGCAGCCAGGAAAGGCCACCUUCUGCAAGAAGUGCAACUUGCCGCGCCCAGAGCGAGCGCACCACUGUGUCAUCUGCGGCGUCUGCGUGCUCCGCAUGGACCACCACUGCCCGUGGAUCAACAACUGCGUCGGCUUCUACAACCAUAUAUUUUCUGCUCCUGUGCCUAUACGCUUGCGCGGCGAGCGCCGUGGCCGUGAUCACCGCGCUGCCGCAGCUCAGCUACUGUGCCAGCGCGCUGGCUCGCCUGGAGGGCCAGGUGGUUUCGGAGAACCCUGCACGUUUCGUCAGAUUCGACGGGUACAUAUCUCGGAGGAGGAGACGGUCCUCGAGGAGACGGCCACCGUGCGUGCUGCUCAGGAGCGCUGCGCAACCCUGCGCGACUGCGCCGGGUUCACGUUCGAGGGCGUGGAUUCGCUGUCGGACGCAGAGGCGGAGCACCUGGUGUUCUACAAGGCGAAGUGGAACCUCCUCGGCGAGGGCCAUGGCUGGACCUCGUACAGGAUGGAGCAGGGCCGCCUCGACACCACCGAUGUGGUCCUCUUCCUCCUGUUCGGCGCCCUCGCGGCCCUGGUCGGCAUGCUGCUGGCCCCGACGCUGGCCACGCACCUGCCCUUCGCCGUGCAGAACGUGACCAGCAUAGAGGACAACUACGAGAACAUGCCGAACCCCUUCGACCAGGGCGGCGUCCCCGCGAACCUGGCGCAGGUCUUCGGCGCCUACGGGCCGGACUGGCUGCUGCCGAUCCCGCCCCGGCGGCCCCUGUCGGACGGGGUCUCGUUCCCGCGCUCCGACGAGCGCCUCAUGCCCGACGGCCUGCCCGAGCGGGCGGCCCCCGGCGACGAGGACGAGGCGAACGAGAGGCUCUGGCGGCUGCGCUACCGCGUCCGCUCCCCCACGACGGCCAUGGCCGAGAGGGGGGAGACCGGGCCGCUGAUGUCAUCGCCCUGGUCGCGGGUGUUCAGCUGGACGUCGUCCUGAGCAGGCCGCCGCAGAGCCUCGGCGCACACCGUGGAGGGCGGGGGGCCAAAGGAAGCAAGGAUUGAGUGUAAGUCGGGCACGUCCCUCUACAUGGGGAAGAUCCAAAAGUAGUAACAAAAUACUAUUUGGGAUUAUUUUUGGUAUAUUUUUAAUUUUUCGUUCAGAAUCCGCCUGUAGGAGGACACGCCCGACCUAAAGCAAGGCGUGCCCCGAUGGCCCAGAGACCCAGCGGGCCGAACUUUUUGGAGACGCAGCUUACCGAGCUUCCUCGACCCGUUUCACGGGGCCAGCGGUAAAUCGGCUGUUCCUGCCGAGUCGCUCUUUGAAGGCACCGAAGCAGGUAUCCCAGGGGCAAGCUGCCCGUCGCGACAUUGCCGCUGGAUUUAUCGGCAUGACUCGGCUAAUUCACUUGAGUGACGCUGCGCAGCUGCCGUCGGGCCCGAUCUCGUUGCACUGGCAGUUGCAUGCGCGACCUCCGGAUUGGCGCGCGCGCCCGCUCGCAGACCGCCUCGCGCUGAACUCCGACUUUCGCGCAAGAGACGUGGCUCGAUGAGGGAAGCA